GGUUAUCGGGAACAAGCUCGCUCUCACAUCUGACAACACUGCUUCUAUACGUUAAGUGACAACAUUAAAGAAUGUUCUGUGUAAAAUAUAUGAUGUGAUAAACUGAAAAGAAAAGGAAAAAAUUCAAAAUAUGGAGGAAACUAGUUUUUCUACAGAAGCCAUAUCAAAUUUACCUGAAAAUCUUUGCAUUCGACCAUCUGCUGUUUCUGGAAAUAAAUUUGGAGUUUGGACUACUACAGAUAUUGCUAAAGAUAUGAUUUUUGGUCCUUAUGAAAGUUCAGAUAACACAGAAAAAAAAUCAAACAGUGAGAUUGAAGCUGUUGAUGAAGAAGGUGAUAAACAAGAACUUUCUACAAAUUGGAUGAGAUAUAUUAACUCCACAUCUAAUGAAGAAGAACAAAAUUUGAUUGCAUUUCAAUAUAAUGGACAAAUCUUCUUUCGUGCUUCUAAAGUUAUACCACCAGAAAAAGAACUUUUAGUUUUCUAUGAAGUGAAAAAAGAAGAAAAUAAAAUUUCUUCAGUGGAUAAAAUGGAUUUAUCCAAAUCAUCAUCAUUGGUACAAAGCCAAAAUUCUUUGGAAAUAAAUCAAAGCUACUCUAAAAAAUCAUUAAAUCAAUUAUAUAAGACACCAAGGUAUCAUAAGCAAUAUAUUUGUGAAAUUUGUCAUAAAGGAUUUCUUUAUAGCUGUGAUUUUGAAAAACACAAAAGAAGACAUACAGGAGAGAAGCCUUAUGUAUGCCAAUUAUGUAAUAAAAGAUUUUUAUAUAAAUGCAAUCUUCAAGAACAUUAUAGAACCCAUACUGGAGAGAAACCCUAUAUUUGUAAGAUAUGCAAAAAGGCAUUCACAACUAGUAAUUGUCUGCAAAAACAUCAGCGAAUUCAUACAGGAGAACGACCCUAUGUGUGUCAAUUAUGUAAAAAAGGUUUUAAUAGUAGUAGUGAUCUUCAACGACAUCAGAAUACUCACAGAAGAGAAAAAUCUUACAUGUGUGAAAUUUGUGGAAAAGGAUUUGCCAGUAGUAGUCAUCUUCUAAGACACCAAAAAGUUCACAAUGAAGAGAGACCUUUUACAUGUGAUGUCUGUAAGAGAAAUUUUGCUGACAGUAGUGAUCUUCAAAAACAUCAACAUAUCCAUACAGAACAGCCUCAUACUUGUGAAAUAUGUAAUAAAGGAUUUGUGAGUAAUGCCUAUCUUCAAAAACAUAAAAAACUUCACAAUAGAAACAAAUCCUAUUUUGACAAAACUUGUAAUGUAGUAGUUUCAAAUAAUCACAUAUUAGAAAAACUAUAUUUCUGUGAUAUUUGUAAAGAAGGAUUUUCAUAUAAAUCUGAACUCCAAGAACAUUUAAGAACUCAUGUAGAUGACAGACCUUGCAUCUGUAAUAUUUGUAAAAAAGGUUUUAUUGCUAAUAGUAAUCAUCCAACACACAAGUGUUGUGUUGAUAACAAAGAAGAUAACUUAUGUUUAUGAAAAUAAAUUUUUCAGUAAAUAUUAAACAUAGUUGUUUUUAUU